GCUGCGGGAGCUACACUAGCAGCGAGCCUCGCCGUCAUCGUGAGCGGCGCUCUCGUGGUCGUGCAUCCUCUGCCUCACCACCUUUGCUGCCGGCCCGAGGCCAUGCCGUUGCAGCAGUAAGCCCAGCGCCCACGCGACCCGUCACACGCGCACGCCGCACCGCCGCGGCUGCCCAUCCCGUCCAAUGCGGAACCACCACGGCAAUGGCAUCGACAAGCUCGACUACCACUCGCCCCGGCCGCUCCUGCAGGCCGACAACGACUCCAACCCCAGCCGCCGGUCGCACAACACGAGCUCCGCCGGCAGCUUCUUCGAGCAGGUGGCAGAAGGCCUCAUGGAGCGCGACCGCGCCCGCAUCCAGCGCGAAGCCGUGCGAUGGCUGAGCUUCGUCUGGGCCCUCGUCAACUGCCUCUGCGCCGGCAGCAUCACCGCCUACUCGCUGUACGGCCACCUGUUCCAGGCGCAGCUCCACUACACCCAGGUCCAGGUCAACAUCGUCAGCAUCACCGCCGAGCUGGCCAUGUACCUGCCCGUGCCUGCCUUUGGCUACCUGUGCGAUCGCGUAGGCCCGGCCACGCCCUCGGCCCUGUCCGGCGUCUUGUUCGGCCUGGGAUACCUGCUGGCCGCCUUUGCCUUUGCCAGCGGGCCGCCGCCUUCUGCGGGCGGCCACGGCUGGCCCUUCGGAGCCAUGGUGCUGUCCUUUGUCGCCAUCGGCAUGGGCACGAGCUGCAUGUACCUGUCGGCCGUCACCACAUGCGCCAAGAACUUUGGCCGCGGAAAGUGGAAGGGCAUCGCACUGGCUGCCCCCAUUGCUGCCUUUGGCCUGAGCGGAUUCUGGCAGAGCCAGGUCGGCAGCAGGCUGCUCUACGUUGUGAACCCAGACGGGUCCAGGGGAGAUGUCAACGUCUACAAGUUCUUCUUGUUCCUGGGCAUCACGCUGUGUGUCGUUGGCCUCGUCGGCUUCUUCGCGCUGCACAUUGUGGACGAGGAGGACAUGAUCGACGAAGCAGUGGAAGAGCUCGAGCGAUCGGGCUUGCUAGCCCACGACGAGUUCUUCACCCAGGCCGCCAGUGCCCACGGCUACGGUACCAUGGAACCUCGCGAUCUCUCAGAUUCUACCUUCGACUUCCUCCAGUCCGAAGCUGAGCGUCUGAAGGCCCAGGUAGAAGAAGAAGCACGCAAGAAGACCUGGCUGCUCAAUGAAGAAACCAAGCGCUACGUCUCGGAUCCUACCAUGUGGUGGCUCGCAACCGGCUUCUUCCUCGUCACCGGCCCCGGCGAAGCCUUCAUCAACAACCUGGGCACCAUCAUCGGCACCCUGUCUCCUCCUCACACCCAGGCAACCACCUCUCCCGCCACUCACGUCUCCAUCGUCGCCAUUACCUCCACCGUCGCCCGCCUCGUCACCGGCACCCUCUCCGACAUCCUCGCUCCCAGCGCCGUUAUCCACCAGCACCGCCGAGGCCCCGACUCAGUCGCAAAUUCUGUCUCCUCGCUCCUCCCGCGCGACUCCAAGAAAUUCUCCGUCUCCCGCAUCACAUUCCUGCUCACCUUCGCCUUCAUCCUCUCCCUCGGCCAGUUACUCCUUGCCUCUGGCUGGGUGCAAAACCACACCUCGCGCUUCGCUGCCGUCUCCGCGCUCAUCGGCGCAGGCUACGGUGCCGUCUUCAGUCUCACUCCCAUCGUCGUUUCCGUUGUCUGGGGCGUCGAGAACUUCGGCACGAACUGGGGCAUCCUGGCGAUGACGCCUGCCGCAGGCGCGACCGUGUGGAGCGCCAUCUACGCGACCGUGUACCAGCGCGGUGCUGAUGGCGGGGAGCCUGGCUUGCAGCGCGAGGCGGACGACGUGCUGUGUUACGGCAAAGGAUGCUACGCUGUGACAUUUUGGGCGAUGGCGGCAAGCGUGUGGGUCGCUAUGGGAUUGUGGCUCUGGGCGUGGAGGGGACCUGGCGGGUGGAAAAAGAGGGCGAUUGCUGUCUGAGCUGUUUGCAUGGCUGCAUAUACGUACGGGACGCCGGAUUGUACAGUGGAUGGAUGUGCUGGAUGUGUGUUUGGAUCUCAUCACGACUAUGCGUUACGACAGCACGCGUGUGCAUUUUUGCGGGUUUUAUUUUGUCGACUACACGGCUUCAGGGCCUGCAAGAAGGGAGUUGAACAUGGGCGUCGACGGAAUACUGUAUACUGCAUAUUACCAUCUUUCCUACAUUACAUACCAGAUUCGAAUUAACUGCAUUUGCAUCAAGAUAGCCGAGAACAGAAGCAAC